AUGAAGAACAAGGAACUGAACGAGGGCGUGUCCAAGUCCAGGCCGCGCGAGGUCAUCCUCAAGAAAAUGAGGGACUCGUACGUCGAGGAUAUCCUGCCGUUCAAGUCCGACCCGCAGGUGCGUGAAGAAUACAUCAACGCCUAUGGCAACAUCAGGAUCGGCAAGAUUCUCGAGGAUCUGGAUGCCAUGGCUGGCACUAUCAGCUACAUCCACUGCGACGACGGACUGGAGGAGACGGCCCCGGUCACCGUCGUGACCGCCAGCCUCGACCGCAUCGAUCUGCUCCAGCGCAUUCCGACCGAGCAGGACAUCAAGCUCUCGGGACACGUUACAUAUGUCGGCACUUCGUCCAUGGAGGUCUCGAUCGCCAUCCGCACGAUUCCAGAGGACAGCGACAACGAGGCCGAAGGCGACCCGAUCCUCGUGGCCAAGUUCACCAUGGUUGCUCGCGACGCCGAGACAGGAAAGUCUGCCAAGGUCAACCAACUCAAGCUCGAGACCGACGAGGAGCGCCGUCUCUUCCGACUGGGAGCCGAGCAGCGUGCCCGCAAGCAGGUCGCCAACCAGACCUCACUCUCCAAGCAGCCUCCCAGCAUCGAGGAGAUGUUCCUCAUCCACGAGCUCUACCUCGAGUAUAGCACCUAUCUUGACCCCGAGUACAACACCCCCAAGCCCAACGACGUCAUUUGGAUGAAGGACACCAUCCAGGAGUCGCUGGUGAUGUGCAUGCCCCAGGACCGCAACAUCCACAACAAGAUCUUUGGCGGCUACCUGCUGCGCCUGGCCUUUGAGCUGGCGUACUCGACCGGCCUGAUCUACAGCCAAGACCAUUGCCGCUUUGUGUCUCUGGACGACAUUGCCUUCAAAAAGCCCGUGUCGAUCGGCGACCUGCUGAAUCUCAAGGCCCAGGUUGUGUACGUGGGCAAGGCUCCGUCUCGGUACUUCCAAGUCAAGGUGAUAGCGGAUGUGAUUGACCCGCUGGUUGGCACCCGCGCGACGACAAACGUCUUUUACUUUACCUUUGUCGCCGCUUCUGCCUCCAAGGCGGGAUUGAAACGUGUGAUGCCACAGACCUACGACGAAAGUAUGCACUUCAUUGAAGGCCGUCGUCGCGACCAGCUCUGGCUCGCCAUGGCCACGCACAACACCAGUGUCUUGGGUCCAAACCACCAACUCUUCAGCGGCAGCGGCGACAGCAUCAAGGGCGGCGACCCGUCCACCAACAAUACCAACAACUUUGGCAUUUGA